CAAGACUUUUAAUUUAAAAAAGAGAUAUUAUUUGGAAAGUGCAGAGUCCAACUUCUUCUGCAUCUUCUGUGCUUAUGCUUCUGGGUCUGUUUGGCUGGUCACUCUCUCACUGCUCCCUCUCCCAUCUCAUACGUUCCUAAUUAUAUCCAAAAUCCAAACAGACCAUAGCCGCCUCCUCCUGCUGCUGAGGUUGCCUCCACUCACCAAUGCUGCCUCACAAGCACACUCUCGUGGUUGUGGCGGCCACGCUGGCGCUCAUGCUCGCAGCAGCAGAUGCAGAUCUGGCAGCCGAGCGAGCCGCAUUGCUCGCUCUCCGCUCUGCGGUCGGCGGCAGAACCCUCUUCUGGAACGCCACCAGGGACAGCCCCUGCACCUGGGCCGGUGUCCAAUGCGAGCGCGACCACGUCGUCGAGCUCCACCUUCCCGGCGUCGCUCUCUCCGGCCAAAUCCCUGUCGGAAUAUUCGGCAAUCUGACACAGUUGCGCACCCUCAGUCUCCGCUUCAACGCGCUGCGGGGUUCCCUGCCUUCAGAUCUGGCGAAGUGCGUGAACCUUCGGAACCUGUACAUUCAGCGGAACCUGCUGAGCGGUGCUAUCCCGUCGUUCUUGUUCGAGUUACCCGACUUGGUUCGCUUGAACAUGGGCUUCAACAACUUCUCAGGCCCAUUUCCGACCGACUUCAACAGCCUGACCCGGUUGAAGACUCUGUUUGUGGAAAACAACCAGCUCUCUGGCCCAAUCCCCAACUUGAGCAAACUGAGCCUGGAUCAGUUCAACGUCUCCAACAACCUCCUCAACGGCUCUGUCCCCCUCAACCUUCGGACAUUCCCUCAGGAUUCCUUUCUUGGCAACUCCCUCUGUGGCCGCCCACUCUCUCUCUGCCCCGGAGAUAUCGCCGAUCCUAUCUCCGUCGACAACAACUCCAAGCCAAACAGCCACACCUCCCACAAGUUAUCUGCCGGCGCCAUUGCGGGGAUUGUUGUCGGAUCGGUCGUGUUUCUUCUGCUGCUCGUCUUCCUCUUCAUUUUCCUGUGCCGGAGCAAAACUGCCAAGAAGACCAGCGCGGUCGACAUUGCUACUGUCAAACAUCCUGAGGCCGAUGCUCCGGUUCUUGCGGAGAAGGGGAUUCCGGAUGUCGAGAACGGUGGUCAUGCCAACGGAAAUUCUGCGGCGGCUGUCGCUGCGGUUUCGGCGGGGAACAAGGCGGAAGUGAACGGUGGUGGGGCAGCGAAGAAGUUGGUGUUUUUCGGGAAUGCGGCUAGGGCGUUCGAUUUGGAGGAUUUGCUCAGGGCUUCGGCGGAGGUUUUGGGGAAAGGGACUUUCGGGACGGCGUAUAAGGCGGUGCUUGAGGCAGGGCCGGUGGUGGCGGUGAAGAGGUUGAAGGAUGUCACGAUUUCUGAGAAGGAGUUUAAGGAGAAGAUUGAAGCGGUGGGAGCAAUGGAUCAUGAGAGUUUGGUUCCUCUCAGAGCUUUCUAUUUCAGUAGGGAUGAGAAGCUCCUUGUGUAUGAUUACAUGCCCAUGGGAAGCUUGUCUGCACUUUUACAUGGAAACAAAGGGGCGGGUAGGACGCCACUGAAUUGGGAAGUGAGAUCAGGCAUUGCGCUUGGAGCUGCCCGUGGCAUUGAGUACCUGCAUUCACGAGGGCCUAAUGUUUCUCAUGGAAAUAUAAAGUCAUCCAACAUCCUGUUAACCAAGUCAUAUGAUGCCAGAGUGUCUGACUUUGGCCUUGCACACCUCGUUGGCCCCUCCUCUACCCCCAACCGGGUCGCCGGCUACCGUGCACCUGAGGUGACUGAUCCUCGCAGGGUGUCUCAGAAGGCAGACGUGUACAGUUUUGGUGUGUUACUCUUGGAACUUCUGACUGGGAAGGCACCUACCCAUGCUCUCCUGAAUGAGGAAGGAGUAGACCUUCCCAGAUGGGUUCAAUCUGUGGUUAGAGAAGAGUGGACUUCUGAGGUCUUUGAUCUUGAGCUCCUUAGGUAUCAGAAUGUGGAAGAGGAGAUGGUUCAGUUGUUGCAACUUGCAGUUGAUUGUGCAGCACAAUACCCAGACAAGCGCCCUUCAAUGUCUGAAGUGGUAAGGAGCAUAGAAGAGUUGCGAAGGUCUAGUCUUAAAGAGGACCAGGAUCAAAUCCAACAUGAUCCCGUCAAUGAUAUAGAAUUGUAGAAGAUGUAUCUUCUGCCCAAGUUUCCUCUCGACUUUGCUUUGUCAGAGUCGGAGCCCAUAUUUUACCUGCUAAAUCCUGUGCGUAUGUUGGUUGUAUUCUGUAGCUUGGGCCCCAAAUUUCUUUGGCACCAAACUUUCGAAUUUCUUCCUUCUUUUUUUUUUCCUCCAAUCCCCAUUGUGCCGUCUCCUCCUUUUUCUUCUCAAUUAAUACAUUGGGGGGAGUGGAUAUCUGUUCCAUUAGUUAUUGCUGUUGGAUUCUGGUUGAUUGUAAUUAUUACUUUUGCUUUAAACAUGGCUUUUACUUUUGUUGAA